CCUCCACCCACCCCGGCAUCAGCUGUUGUGUACACAGAGAAGUCGUCCGUGUGCGUGGCCCUCGAAAACCUAUCUCAACAGCCAUGGUCGAUCAGGCACAGCACCGCAUACAGGAGGCUAUGACAACCCUCAUAGAUGACCUUGAUAAGGAGUACCUUCGAGGAAUACAGAGAUCAAUGCAUUUGUGUGCUGCAGAGUGCUGUGAUAGAAAGGAGAGUUCUGUAGAUCAGGUUCAUCGGUGUAUUGAAAGCUGUUCAACUCCAUUAACCCAAGCUCAGGGAUUUGUGCAAAAUGAAUUGUCACAGUUUCAGGAGCGGCUACAACGCUGCGUAAUGGUCUGCCAGGACCGUGUUCGAAAUCAAGUGACUGCCGACACUUCAGAAUCACAGGACUCUUCCCAACGUGGUUCAUCGUUUUCCAUGGCCAACAGUGCAGGGAGUUUCAUGCGGCAAGCAGCUCUAGGGAUAGGAGGGGUUACAGUAUACAAGGCAGAGUUCGAGGGAUGUGCCAUGAAGUGUGUGGAUGACCAUAUCAGCCUGAUGCCAUCUAUAAAGAAGAGAAUUGCAGGAGUUCUUGCCAAAAAUACCUAGACAUUUUUAUUUUAUUUUAUUGUUAUUUCCUUUUGUUCUUUCAUUAACAGGAGAAUAUUGUAGCAAUUAAAGGUAGUUGCAAGUCAGGGAAGUCAAGUUUCAAGUUCUCUUUGAAACUCUGAAAACUUUUUUUCCUCUUGCUUUUUUUCUAGUUACUAUGAAUUAUCAUUAUCAUUCUACAUAUUUUUAUUAUUAUGGUGAAUGCAUUGUUUUAUGAUCAUUGAAGAAUUUUUUUUUAAUCUGGUUUGCCAUGUGUUGGGAGAGCAGAUUGUUGAUGCAAAAUGCUCCAAGACUAGGGUUGAUAUUAUUUUAAGUGUGGUAUUGAAAAUUCUGUUGUGUAGACAAAAACUUUGUUUAGAAAAAUGCAAGAAAUUGUUUAUACUAGAUAAAAUAGUACAAGAUAUAUUUGAAUCUGAUAUUACAUUUUCUGUUAUUCCCCCAAAAUAAGGUGCGUCAGUAUUUUAAACGGAUCUGUAGAUACUUAUGUACAUAAAAGAAGAUUAUCUCUUCUUUGAAUAAAGAUUUUAGUCAGUCUCUACAUGAUGAGUGAUGUAAAUAAUUACAUUUUUAUUUUAGACUUAUGAAAUAUGAUUGUUAUAAAACAAUAUUUAUUAUAUCGGUAUGCAGUCCCAGAAAAUAAUUGUAUCAAUCUUGUAUAAACAUUCAGUCUUAUGGCGUGAGAAUUUUGCGAUAAAUAUAAGAGCUUCAUUACAACAAAAAGUCGAUCCGUUGCUGGAAAAAGGUUGUGUUCUCUGUAGCAUUAUUUUGUGAAAUGUUUCUACACAUAGAUGGCUCCACGGAUUCUUAGCCACAAAGGUAUUAGUGGACAUUAUGACUUUGCUUGAUUUCACCUUUUCAUGAAUUUGCAGGAAAAAUGUACUUGCUUUUUUUAUCAAUGCUGUUAAUAUUAUUAUUAUCAUUAUUGAUGUUAUAAUUAUUAUAAUAUCAUUGAUAUUACUAACAAUAAUAUAAGAUGCCAGAAAUAUUUUUAAAAAUCAAGGAAAAGUAUGAACAAGUGAGAUGGGUAAUACUUAUAAUUGGCUCAUUGGUGAUUUAGUACUUGUGAAGCCAUCUGUGUAGAGACAACUAAUAAAUGAAACUCUCAGUGAGCAUGACAUGUAUGUACAUGCUUGUCCCCAGCAGAAUCAGGUUAAUUUUGCAUCAGAAAAAAAAUGUUUUGGGGUACUUUAGUAGAAAUGUAAGGAAGUAUUCAUUUGACAUAAUAGUGAUUGUUUGUAAUGGGAAUGGACUUUCACUGAGUGUUAGAAAUUUUAGAACAUGACAGUUGUUCUGGAUUUCUUGGCAUCAUUUAUGGUACAGACCUAUUAACUGCAUGUACCUAAUUAAAUUACAGAAUAAAUAGAAACAAAAAAUUGAAAAGUCAUGAGAGAUUUAGUGGCAUAAUAGUGAAAUGGUUUGGUGUUUUUACAACUAACAAUACAUUUUUUAAACUCUCUAUGACACUAAAGCUGGAGCUUUUGAUUUUUGCAUUAAACAGGUAUGAUACUGCUGCUCAUGUCAUAGUGCAGUGUUGUUCAUAGUUUAUUAAUUAUAGUAAAGGGGGAAUAAUCCUGAGUUGUUUAUAUACGUAUGAAUGCAUACUCGCAUUGUACAUAAAUAGUCACAUUCUUCCUCUCUUCCUCUCUUUGUAAAAAUGUGUGGAUAUGAAUGUGUUGAGUAUGCAUACAUGCCUAUAUAUUUAACAAGGUAUUACCACAAGCUUUCAUAGUGCUUGUUUAAAUUGAUGCUUAUGAAUGUAUAUUGCGUGGAACUUAUUCUUCCUGCAGGAGUUACGAGAAGUUUGAAAUUAAUGAACAUUUGCUAUUUUUCAUUUGACAACAUUCUACUUUCCCAUUUUAUUUAAAAAAAAAAUCCAUUCCUCUCUUUCUUUUCUACCAAAAAAGUUUAAAUAACUUGUUAACAAAAGUAAUUGUUAAGUUGGGUCCUCAAUAUCAGAAUGUUUUUUCCUGAAAUUGUCACAGUUGUUAUUGCUUCAAUAUUUUUAUUUUUUUUUAGUUGAAAUGGGUGGUGUAACUGACCACUUUUUAUAUAUAUUUUUUUUCCUGUACUCUCCUAAAACUGUAAAGUAAUAGUGUAAAUAUGAGACAUAAAAUGAAAGUUAUAGUUCA